GUAGACCGUCAUUUAAGAAAACUGGACCAGGAACUUGCCAAAUUUAAAAUGGAACUUGAAGCAGAUAAUGCUGGAAUAACGGAAAUAUUAGAGAGACGGUCUCUGGAGCUGGAUACACCAUCACAGCCUGUGAAUAACCAUCAUGCCCAUUCACACACUCCAGUAGAGAAAAGGAAACACAAUCCAUCUUCUCACCAUAGUACAACAGAUCAUGUUCCUGAGAAGAAGUUUAAAUCUGAAGCUCUUCUAUCUACUCUCACUUCAGAUGCUUCUAAAGAGAAUACACCAGGUAAUCUUAAUUGUCAUUGCAUUUUAUUAUUUUUUAAUGAUGGAAUGUCCUGUUUU